AAUCUGCAAAGCGUACUAAGCUGACGUCAACCCGGUACCCAUAAACACCCGGUAGCAUCAAGAAACACUGUCCGUUUUCUGUAUUUUUUCCCCCUAAAAACUCCCGUUAAACGAGCAUAAAUCAUGCCUUUCGAUGUUAGAAGAUUGGACAUCUACAGGAAAGUGCCCAAAGAUCUCACCCAGCCAACAUACACAGGAGCUUUCAUUUCCAUUCUAUGCUGCUUCUUCAUUCUCUUUCUAUUCCUGUCGGAGCUGACGGGAUUUAUAGCCACUGAGAUUGUAAAUGAACUGUAUGUGGAUGACCCUGAUAAAGACAGUGGGGGGAAGAUAGAUGUGAGUUUAAACAUCAGUUUGCCAAACUUACACUGUGAUUUGGUGGGUCUGGACAUUCAGGAUGAAAUGGGCCGCCAUGAAGUCGGCCACAUCGACAACUCCAUGAAGAUUCCCAUCAAUCAAGGCGAGGGCUGUCGGUUUGAAGGAAAAUUCACUAUCAAUAAGGUACCAGGAAACUUCCAUGUGUCGACACACAGCGCCACCGCGCAGCCCCAAAACCCCGACAUGACCCACAGCAUCCACAAGCUGGCCUUUGGAGAUACAUUACAGGUACACAACGUCAAAGGAGCCUUUAAUGCUUUAGGAGGGGCAGACAAGCUGUCAUCUAACCCUCUGGCUUCACAUGACUAUAUUCUGAAGAUUGUGCCAACAGUAUAUGAAGACUUAUCAGGCAGACAGAGGUUCUCCUACCAGUACACAGUAGCAAACAAGGAAUAUGUUGCUUACAGCCACACAGGGAGAAUAAUCCCCGCAAUCUGGUUCAGAUACGACCUCAGUCCCAUCACCGUCAAGUACACAGAGAGGAGGCAGCCCUUCUACCGCUUCAUCACAACAAUUUGUGCCAUCGUAGGAGGGACCUUCACCGUCGCUGGAAUCAUCGACUCCUGCAUAUUCACCGCCUCCGAGGCCUGGAAGAAGAUCCAGAUAGGCAAGAUGUCCUGAUAACACAGACUGGGCUCUUAUUUAUAUGUGGCACGAUGCUAAGCCUGUUUGCUAAAUCCCACCUCAAAAAAACAAAAGAAAAAACUUUUCUCGUGGAGGUUUUUAUUUACCACUAUGAGUCUACGACAUGAGAUAUAGCUACCAGGCUUGCAUGGCUGCGUAUCUUUUACCCAAGAUCCUCUCAGGGCUCCAUCCGCUCGUCUGACGCGUGGACUAUCACAUGUCGGUCUCCUCCGUCAUUGGAGGUCAGAGAAGGGAAGAGGCCAUCUCUUGUUACUUUGGGGAUAUAUUUUAAAGAACUGUGUGCCGGAUUGAAGUGAAGUACGUUUUCAAGUGUCAAGUCACAUUCGGUGCAUCACCUGUGUGACUGCAGAUCAGUGUAAAGUGUGCAAGAGACGAAAUUGCAUUGGUUUCCUGCUCAGUCAGCGUCAAACCACACGUUUUUCACGGUUUUUUAUGUUUUAUGGUAAAAAAACGAAACUGAAAGUCCUUUUUUUUCCCAAAAAACUCACAUAAUUCCUAUUUUCUAUCUUCAGUGUUCACCCGUUUGCCUUGAGAUCUUGUUUAUUUACAUAAAAAUUGGUUUUUGAAAGGUCAGUUUUAGGUUUUCUCUCUGUGCUCCAUUUUUCUAAGGUUUCUAUCUCUUUAUACUGUUUCUAUUGCAGCCUCUUUGUUGAAGUAUGGUAACAACAAACCCUAAAAACCUGUUCUGCCUGAAAAGACGCCCAUUUCUGCCCUGGAUUUCUGUAGGGCUGUUUCCUACUCCAGUAAAAGCACAUUUCAAAUCA